GCCCUCCAUAUCUCCCUCCUUCUUUGCAGACCCUCCCAUAUCUCCCUCUCUCCCUCCUUCCCUCCCUCCCACCCUCCCCGCCCACCCCAUUCCCUCGCUGUUCGAACCGCACUUCGUUUUCCAAGCGAGAGCGUGCCACCGGAGCCCAGUGUAGUGAGUGCCGCUGGCCGAGCAAGGAGGGAAAGAUAAUGGUGUCUUUUUCGGAACUCUCGAUUGUCAGCUCGGGCGAGGGGGACAUUGCUGUGCAGUGACUUGGACAAGCUGGUGAAUUUUCUUGUCUUUUCCUCUUCCCUCCUUCGAAUGAAAGCGAACUUUUUCUGACUCGUAAACCCCCAGUGCCUCGCCAGCGCUUCUCGCCGCAGCGUUGAAGUUCCUCGCUUGAAAACACUUUGAGAGGGCGAGUUGUGUGAGUGUUGUGAAGUCUUAAGGAAAGUGACCCGAGCUCUUCAAGGAACAUCUCUCGCUCGUUAACCCCACAACGAGCUUGUACGAUCGUUUUUAAAAAUUCUUUGGGCUACGAGAGGAAUUAAGUGCAGAGAAAACGGAUACAGCCUUUUUUUGACAGUGCUUUGGAGUCUUACAUGUGUUUCACCAAUUCUCCAAGGAGCCCGACCAACGCCAGGAAAUCACGGAGUGAGGGCGAAGUGAGCGCCGCUUGGGCCUGGAUCAUGUCCUAGAAGGAGCGGCUUCCGGUGCCACGAUGCCUGAGAGUUCGAGCAGCUGCCACCUGUGCCACAUCCACGACCACGCGCCGGGGUCGACGCUGCUCCGCACCCACCCUCUGCGCGCCUCGCAGUCGCGCUCCCGCAACCCGAGCACAUCCACUACGACCCUCGGCCGCGGCAACGGCCACCACUCGCGGGACCACGCGCACGCCCACCACUCGCGCGACCACGCCCAUGUCCACCACUCGCGCGAGCACAGCCGGGAGGUGGACGCCAAGCAUGCCAAGGUGGCGAGCGCCCUGGCGAGGCUGAGCGAGCGCUCGCACUCGCUGCCCGGCAGCCGCAACAGCACGCUCUCGCGCGAGCCCGAGGUCUCCAUCCUGCCCGACGGCAACGUGCACGCCCUCGCGCACCACCGCAGCCACAGCGGCAGCGAUGGCCACAAUUCGACCAGAUCGCGGGCGGAGUACAACAACGGCGUGCUGGCGGCCCUGCUGGAAACGCGGGGCUCCGGCAGCCUCCCCCCCCACCACCCCCACCGGGAGCCUGACCUCCUGACCGCCCUCCCCCGCACACAUAAUGGCAGCCGGACGAGUACCUUGUCUCGUCACGACCUUCAUCCUCAUGGGAGUAACCUGACGUUGGCGCAGGACACCGAACAGGACUACUACAUGCAUGUACACCGAGCCAGGUACAAGGACGAGGCGAGGAAGCAGAGGUUCAACCUACAGACCUUCAUGCUCAUUGGCUGCUACACGAUGCUGUUCGUAGUGGCCAUCAUCGUCGGGGUAGUGUUGUGCCAGCAGAACGGCUGGCUCGGCUUCGGACGCAGCAGUGACGACCAGAUUUCCCGUAAUUCUACGAGUAACCAGGACUCCAGCACAUCCUCCAUGCGAGACCGUAACAGCCCCACCCGAGGAGGGGGCGGGAGCCGAAGGAAUCGCCCAGGUCCUACCAUAGACUAUGAUUAUCCUUUAGACCAACCACCCCGAAUCAACUCGGCCGGGUUCUUCCCGGGAUUUAAUGACCCUUCUGCCACGGUGCCGGACGGGCCCAAGGGUGGCGUUGAUCCCCUCCGCACGGUCAACUUCAGGGUCCCCGGGGAGCAGGGCAAUGCAGGCAACGGUGGCAGCAACCUACGAAAUCGUGCAGGGACGGGGGUUGGUGGAAAUGGUGGAGGGCAAGGUGCAGGUGCCAGUGGGAACAGGGCACGAGGAGUGAAUGGGGAUUUUCCAGGAGGAGGCGAUGGUACUUUAGGGAGUAAUGGUAACUUGGGAGGGAACGGCAACCUGGGAAGUAAUGGUAAUUUACCAGGUGGAGUCAACGGCAAUGGUAGGAGAAUACCCAAUGGUAAUAGAGGAAGAGCAGCCAAUGGAAACAGCGGAGUGAAUCCUCCAACGGGCAGUGGGCCAGGGUCAAACAAUGCAGGCAGUGGGAAAAGCAUCAAUUCAGGAGGCCGAAAUCCAAACUCAGGUACUUUUGGAGGAGAGAACGGCAAUGGAGGGCAGUCACUCAACAGGAAUCCCUUCGGCACUUUCGGCACAAACAGAAACGGGGAAUUUGGAAUUGGCGGAGGCGCUUCUUCGGAUGUCAGCGGUAGCAAUGCUUUUCCAGGUUUGUCGCAAAAUGGCCGCGGAAACUUCCAGAACCAACCAAAUGCUGCUAGUGGCAGUGGUAAUAACCAAAGAAAUCUGGGAACAGGAGCUGGUCUCUUGAAUGACCCCAGUGCCAAUCCUUCAGGAGGUCAGAACACGGGAUUGGGUAAUGCCAAUGGGCCGGGAAGCAAUUUUGGCUCCAACUCUGGCGCUGGAGGAAAUGCCAACAGUCCAAAUGGUGGCUUCAAUUCAGGAAGUGGUAUUGGCAACCAAGCAGGAGGAGGAUUUGGCAACCAAGGUGGAGGUGGACUUGGCAACCAAGCAAGAAGUGGACUUGGAAACCAAGCAGGAGGUGGAUUUGGCAACCAAGCAGGAAGUGGACUUGGCAACCAAGCAGGAGGUGGAUUUGGCAACCAAGCAGGAGGUGGACUUGGCAACCAAGCAGGAGGUGGACUUGGCAACCAAGCAGGAGGUGGAUUUGGCAACCAAGCAGGAGGUGGAUUUGGCAACCAAGCAGGAGGUGGAUUUGGCAACCAAGCAGGAGGUGGAUUUGACAACCAAGCAGGAGGUGGAUUUGGCAACCAAGCAGGAGGUGGAUUUGACAACCAAGCAGGAGGUGGAUUUGGCAACCAAGCAGUAAGUGGACUUGGCAACCAAGCAGGAAGUGGAUUUGGCAACCAAGCAGGAGGUGGAUUUGGCAACCAAGCAGGAGGUGGACUUGGAAACCAAGCAGAUGGUGGACUUGGCAACCAAGGUGGAGGUGGACUUGGCAACCAAGGUGGAGGUGGACUUGGCAACCAAGGUGGAGGUGGACUUGGCAACCAAGCAGGAGGUGGAUUUGGCAACCAAGGUGGAGGUGGACUUGGCAACCAAGCAGGAGGUGGAUUUGGCAACCAAGCAGGAGGUGGAUUUGGCAACCAAGCAGGAGGCGGACUUGGCAACCAAGCAGGUGGUGGACUUGGCAACCAAGGUGGAGGUGGACUUGGAAACCAAGCAGGAAGUGGAUUUGGCAACCAAGCAGGAGGUGGAUUUGGCAACCAAGGUGGAGGUGGACUUGGCAACCAAGCAGGAGGCAGACUUGGCAACCAAGCAGGUGGUGGACUUGGCAACCAAGGUGGAGGUGGACUUGGAAACCAAGCAGGAGGCGGACUUGGCAACCAAGCAGGUGGUGGAAGCAGCAAUGAACCUGGAGGUGGAAGUGGUAAUCUAGCUGGGGAAGGAUUCGGCAGUCAACCUGGAGGAGGAUUCGUCAACCAACCUGGAAGUGGAAUAGGUGGUAACAUACCUGGAGGUGCAGUUGGGAAUCAACAAGGAGUUGGUAGUCAAACAGGUAGUGGAUUUGGUAGUCCAUCUGUAAUUGGACUUGGCAAUCAGCCUGGCAGUGGAGUUGGCCGCUUAGGAAAUAACAACAAUUUCAAUUCCGGGUUAGACGGCAAUCUCAAUUCUCCUCUGGGCAGCCAGAACGUCGGAGGAAAUCGCGGGAACAUCCCUCGCUUCAAUAUCGGAAUCAACAAUCCCACAACAGGAUUCGGGAACACCAGAACCAAUGUGGGGAAUGCACAGGGGACAAAUGCUAAUGCAAAUGCACAAGGAAACUUCCAUGGGGGCUCUGGCACAGGGACGAACAGUGGUGGGAAUUUUAACACUGAUGGGCCAGGAUUUAACACUGGAACAGCAGCCACAGGGAGUCAGAGCAGAGGUCAAGGGGGAGGAAAUUUCGAUCGCUCGGCAGGUAAUGGGGGGGCUUUGAAUGAAGGUGCGGGUGCGGGGGAGGGUAAUGGUGGAGGAAGCACUUUUGGUCCCACGGGUGGGAGGGCAAAUUCAAACACUGGUUUAGGUUCGGGCAGUAACAUUGGCAGCGGCCAUAGAGGCCCGAGUACAUUUAGUAAUAGUGGUGGGAUUCCAAAUUUUGGAACAGGCUUUGGGGCAACAGGUGGUACUAAUGGUAAUGUAGGCUCAGGGGGGAGAGGAAAUGGUGGAAAUAUAAAUGCAGGCACAGGUGGUAGGGCUGGAAUUGGGAUCCACGAUGCUGGUACAGGUGGCAGAGCCAGGAUUGGAAUUCAUGGUACAGGUGGUAGAGGAAACACUGCAGGUGGAAAUGGCAAUUUAGGCGCAGGUGGUGUAGGGAAUGCCGCAGGUGGAGGCCUAAAUGCAGGUACAGGAGCAAGAGGAAUUGGAACAGGAACAAGAGGAGGUGGGGCUGGAAUUCACGACAUGGGUUCAGGUAACAUCGGAGCUAGAAAUAGAAAUGGAGGUGUAGGUGAUGGAGAAAACCUUAGCAUUGGAAAUGUCGGUUCAGGCACAGGCACUAGAGGCACUAACCUGAACUCAGGCGGUGGAAACUUUGGUGGAAAUCUGAAUACAGGAACUGGUGGAUCAGGCAAUGGUGGAAGUGGUGGUUUCAGCCAAGGUGGUGCCACAGGUAAUAGAGGACUUGGGGGUUUCAGUUCAGGUGUAAGUAGGACAGGAAAUAGUGACAGUGGGGGAUUUGAUGCAGGUGCAAGUGGAGCAGGAAAUGGUGGAAGUAGUAGUUUCAAUGCAGGCAGUGGUGGAGCAGGAAAUAUCAGAGGGAGUAGUUUUAACACUGGAGGAGUCCCAAAUUCAGCAGUUGGAAUCAACAAUGCUGAUACAGGAGGAAUAAAUGGAGGGGUGAACCAUAAUAAUGGGCGUUCAAAUACAAGAGCUGCCAACACAGGUACUGGCAGUCAAACUCCAAGUGGAGGUAGGAAUUCUAAUCUGGCUUCUGGCUCUGGAGUCCCAAGCCCUGGCAGUCAGGGGAAUGGCAAUGGGAAUGGCAAUCAGCACCAAGGGAUAAGAAACCUUGGAAAUGGUAACAGAAGGAUGAGGAAUGACAAUAGCAAUGUGCCACUAGACACCAUUGGGACCGACACACAGAUUGUACUCACAGGAGGUACAAAUCGAAAUGGAAGAGUCAAUCCCACCCAGAAUGCUCAGGCAGGAACUACUGGAGGAGUCAGUGCGCCGGGACUGCAAAGCAAUAGUGGUUCAGUAGAACCAAAACCUGUGGGUCACAAUUGGAGUAAUCAGUCAAAAGGGAGAGCAGGAGGCACGAGCCACGAUGCCGGAAAGGGGAUCCACCACAGCAGCACAGGUCGGGCAGGCACUGCGGCGGGAAGCUCUCAGGAGGGCCGGCAGUAUGUGAAAUCACCGCCUGGUUCUGCCCUCAAGAAACCUGACGAAUUCUCCACGCACCCCCCUGCGGAAGGCGGAGUUACUCCCCUUAAAGUGAUGCGCGGGUUCUCGGUGCAGCGCGGGGAGGUGGUGGCUCUGAGCACCGUCAAGGGCGGCGACAAGGACCUCUCUGUUCUUCAGCCUGACCACGACGUCAUCUUCCACAUCACUCCGAGCGCCCCAGACGCAGGGAUAUCGCUUGUCGGACGCCCUGGCACCAAAGCCCCGGGUGCGACGGGGACGGCAACAGCAACCGCGACGGCGAAGGCAUCGGCAACCCCCACCCGGAGAACAGUGCCCAUGGGAAGGGCGAGGCAGAACACCCCAGGAAGAACGCGCGAGAGGGUGAAGAUAAGACCUCACACGGGUGACCGUUCGCCUGUAGUCCGCCGAUGGGAGCACAUGGACCACGAAGGGACCUUAUCCAGAGGCCUCGUCAGGAAGGACGGGUCUUUUGCCUUCACCAACUGUCGUCCCUCUGAGGUGUGCGAUCUAGCCGAUGGAGGGUGAGGGGGCCGCCCCUGGGUCACUUUACGGUCAGUAGAGAGUAAAUUGCAGCCCCAAGUCUUAGCUACACACUAAUUCGCCUCGACGCCGAAGAAUUCAACUUGGUGCGACCGGGUGCUCCUCACGCAUGGCGUAACGAUAAAAGCGGAACACGUCGCCUCUGGUGCUACGAGAACUGACAGUGUCUCCGUUAGCUGGCAAAAUCUGUCAUAUCACGACUUAGUCGUAGCUAUCCGAGUGAGUGCUAAAUUCCAGAUCAUGUUCACUAGGUUAGGAUAAAAAUACUAAAAAAAAAGGAAUACUAAUUAAAUAACAAUGCAGACAUCAAGAAAUACGCCCCGAGAGAAUGAUCGCCUCCGAAUUAUGAGUGUAAAUCUCAGAAAAUAAAUAAAAGAUACUUAUCUCUAAGCAGACUACCUCCUCUUAACUCCCUCACAUUCUGACGUCACGAGAUACGUCAACAUUACGUGAGGAAGAAAAAGGUUCAGGAGACCGGAUCAACGUGCCAACGGAAGCGUUCCAUUCAACGUAGUCGAGGAGUUGGGUCUUCCCGAAGUAUUAUUAGUGUAUAAGAUCACGUCUUCACACGUAAUGUCAAUAGUCACUUUUGUUCCAUAUAUAUUUAUUCAUUUCAGUAUAUCAGUUUCUUUCUGACUUUCUUCUUAGAAACUAUGUCUGUUAGUUUACGCAGUGUGCGUAUGUGCACAUGCGAUCGUGUGUUGACUGUGUGCGUGACUGUUGGUGUGCGCGCGCGUGUGUGUAUAUAUAUAAAAAAAGCAUUUAAGACUUUCCAGUCUAAUAUUUUUAUUGUUUAUAGUUAUUAAUAAAGUGUGAUUGUAAUAAUCUAUGCAUUAUUAUCAGUUUUAGAAACAUUGUUGUAAUAUAUUGUUUUAUUCCCCGUAACAAUUUAUAUGUAACUUAUAUUAACAACCAUUUUUUUUUUGUGUGUGUAAAUUUUGUGUAUAUUCUGUAAAACGUGGAAGGGUGCGCCCCCCCCCCCUUGGCCGUGCUGAGCGCGUGUGAUCAUGACUCGUUGUAAUA